CUCUCUCAUAUUUUUAAGUCGAGUCCUCCUCCACCAGACUGAGCGCCUCUUCGUCGUCUCAGUCCUGGGAACAUCAUCAGAAUGCAUCAACUGCUAUUGCUGAUUCUUGCCUUCGCGCAGCUUACAGCGGUUCCCAUCUGCCAUGCUGCAGUCAUCAAGACUCAAGGGGAUGUCAACAUGACGAUCGAGGCACCUCCAGGAUCGAGAUAUAUUCCUAACGAAAAUCUUCUUUGUACGCCGUCCACGUGGAAGUCGGUACUGUUGUUCUUUUCCGCCAAUUAUUUUACCCAUAUCGCCACGGUCAGAUCUAUCCCUGGAGAGUCAAUGAUUAAGACCGCUGGUGCACUGCUGAUGGCCCUGAUCUUUCCGACUUCUGGCAUGAUAAGAGGCCUCACUGCGAUCAUCAAAUGCCCCAUACGCUGUAAAACGCCGCUCGAAAAAGCGUGCAAGGCCGGGGCGCUGUGUGUCGUCGUGCGUAACAGUAAAUGGAGGCCACAGGAUGGAGACAUUGUAAAAGAUUUACAACUUGCGACUGAAAAACCACCAUUUGGGCACCAUGACGGGUCAGAGCAGACAUCGCAAGUUGAGUUGAGUGAAUACACAGACCUCAUCCAGCACUUCUUUACAACAUCCUCACCGAAGCCUGAAAAUGCGCCGGUAGAGGCAAAUCCAGAUGCCACACAAGUGGGAUUCAGAGCCCUGCAGGUCAACUCGACCAUGAACCCUGCGUCCAAUCCGGCUGAAGCUGUGAGAGCCACAACGCCAACAUCCACCAUAGCUGAAGCGAGUCACACGAGAAGCGAGAUUCUCAACUUCCGAGUUGUCGGCGACGAGGAAUACCUUAAUGAAGAGAACUCGUUCAUGCCGGUUACGCACUGGUAUGAUCUUACAAGCCGCAUCGUUCAUGGCAAUUGUAACUUGCCGCCUGGUUAUUCAUUGGCAAUACUACCCGGAGACGCUUCAACGUGCCAGCGUGUGAGUGCCAGCCUUGGGAGCUCGCAAGGAGAUAUCCAUCACGCUGAUGCGGUUGCCAUGUCAUACAGCUAUGCGAAGAGCGUCUUCGCAGUGUUUCAAACUGUUUAUGCCGGGUUCACCUUGUACGAGAGCCGAGGCGAGCAAAUCACCAGGUUUGGGUACGCGGCUUUUGGCCUCACCGUGACGCCUUAUCUCGUAAUGUCCAUCAUCAAUCUUCUCGGCAAUAUCUUGACACCGCACUUUGAUGCAGUGUAUCUGAUGAGAGAUGACGUGAUGGACGAGGCCGAACGACGAACAGGAAUCAAAUUCGACCGAGUGGUUGGCCGGAUGAGAGGUAUACAAAAUCCUAAAUCAGUGAACGUGGUAUUUCGCAACGGUCAAUCUGAUGGAACAAGCAGCGACAACGAUCUCAUGAUCAUUCACAAGCUUCAGGCCGAGGAGCACCUCUGCUCGUCCGAGGAGAACUAUGACGAGAAAGUCGCUCGAAUCGACGACAGCGUUGCUCCAUUGAAGAUCCGAUCCCAGGCACAUCGUCCAACGCCGACUGUGCGAACAAAUCCACAAGCCUCGCCCGAAGACAGACUUCUCAACUCUUCCUUGGGAACUGCAGAUCUGGAACACGAGAGAGGAGUUAUAGUGCCUGUUAGUAACUCUAUCGGAAUGGGUGGAGUUGUACGGGAAUGGAAUCUAAUAUUCUGUGGGGCCAUCGUGGUCUCUGCCAUUCCCAUUGCGGUCAUGGGCAUCAUGACGCAUUUCCAUGAAGGCGAGAGCACUCAUGCCCAACGAGUCUGGAUCAUGACGUGGCUGGUAUUUGGGAUCGUGUUUGGAGACGAGCGCUUUCUUGUGGGGGCGGUUGUUCAGGACCCGACUGCGAGGUGGAUAUACGCGCCUCCGGCCAUCGGUGGGUUUGUGGUUGUCGCUCAGAUGUUGGUUGCCUACGGUUCAUGCCGGCAGCUCUUCUAAUUGAAGGGUGUUGGCUGGGGCUUUUAUGAACCCGCGAGGAUGCGGUGCGAUGUAGCCAGAGGUUGGUGAGGUCAAGGACUUAAGCAUGACUUUUAUGAAUGCCCAGGGGUGCCAGGAUGCGGCAUCAGGGCUCUGCAGUGGGUUGGCACAGCCCACGGUGUUAUUCAAGGACGGAGAAAAUCCCACGGACAACUACAGAGGGUUGGAAUUUCCCAGGACGUUGAGGUCGUGAGAUUGUCAACUCGACAGUUGGGCAUUCAGCUAGGGCAUCUCCCGGUAUCGGAAUAUCCUUGUUCCGACCAAUAUUCGAAUCCCAUUCCUCAACACUGUCAGUUUCCUCUUAAACAAUGAAU